CAUAAGCGGGCAACUUUAUUGAGCCUCGGGCCUUUAGUGUAGAGGAAGUCCCUCCAACAAAAUGAAGUUCGAAUAAACACAUCUUCCCCCCGUCGCCUUGCUGCGUUCUUUUUUCGUCAAGCAGAACAUCUGUUUGAGGAAAUGCGUGACAGAAAAUGCGGAAACAAUGAAGAACAUAAACCCAUCAAUGCUCUUAGAAGAUCCCCCAGAUUUCUUCACAAAAAUCAAGCGGGCUUCGAAAAUCCAGGGACUCCAGUGCCUGCCCCGAGAAGAUUCCGGGCUCCUGAUUUCUUCUCUACACCUAUCGUCUCCUCAUUUGCCAAAAACCAGAAAGAGGGGGAUGGAAUUUCGCGGAAGGGAAAGCGAAAUGGGAGCGAGUCGAAAAGUUUGAGGAAACCUAUCGAAGGGUCUAGGAGGUCUGCAAGAUUGGACAGCCGAGCCAACUUGAGCAGCCCGGAUUUGCAGAAACAAUGUGUAAUGGAGAAGGCGAUGAGAAGGAGUUUGGUUUGUGGUCUUAAAUCUGCAAAUAGUCAGCUUCAUAAGUGCGAUGGAGUUUCAAAGAAUGGAGAUAGAAAAGUUACUGGGUUAGAAAGUUCAGCGAAACCUGGCGCCAAAAGGUCUGGAAGAUUGGAUGGCAGAGCCAAUGUUAGUAAAGCUGAAGAAGUCCUGCAUUUGCAGAAGGAAUAUGUGAUAGAGAGAAGGGUGACCAGAAGUUUCAUUCGCGGAAAUAAAUUUGUAUAUAAUCGGGGCAAUGAGUCGGGUUCUGGGAAGGAUUCUGAAGAGGGAGUAAGGGUUUUACCCAAAGAAGGGAAGGCUAAAGUUGGUAUUGGUUCUUGUAAGCAGAGCCCGGAGAACAUUGAGAAGAGGUUUACUCGUUGCUCUAGUCGAAUAAAAAUCUUCCAGCAGGUUGAGGAAGCUGGCAAUGUGUCGCCUGAAUGUCGGCAUAUUAACAAAAAUUGUGAAAGAAAGAGGCACAUUUGUGAGAAGAGGAAAAGAUAUCAAGUCGAGGAAGAGUGUGAAAUUGUUCAGGGAUGGACCAAAGAGCAAGAACUGGCCCUGCAAAGAGCCUAUUUCACGGCAAAGCCCACACCUCAUUUUUGGAAGAAAGUUGCUAAGAUGGUGCCUGGAAAAUCUGCUGAGGAAUGUUUUGACAGAAUUCAAUCCGAUCUCUUAACCCCAUCUCAGCCUCGAACACGUUCAAGGGCAAAAAAGAACUUAUCACCCCUCUCCUUCUCUGCUAGUAAGUUGCUUAGUCCUGCUGAGGUGAAAACUAAAAGGCUUAGGUCUACCAGGAGGAAGACGCUUCUAGCACAGAAGACCGUAAGACAACUAUUGCAAAAGCAACAAAAUGAAAAUCAAGACUAUGAAACAGAUUUGUUUGCCGUUCUUGAGCCAACAAUGGAUUCGUCUUCACUCAAUUUUCAAGGGGCUACAUUACUUACCUCACCAGUGCCUAACAAAGGAUCUGGCGUUCUUACAAGAUGCAGAGAGACGUCGAGAUUAAAUAGCUCACAAACGGAAGAUUUUGCAAGUCCCCCAGUUUUGAAGCAGAUAAAAAACAAGGCUUUGCAUGAGAAAUACAUAGAUCAGCUACAUUGCAGGGAUGCCAAGAGAAAGGCAGAAUCAUUAAGGAAUGCUAAAUGCAUUCAGGACAAAAAGUCCACUGAUUUGAAAGUGAAUUCUGUGAAAGUUGCCAAAGAUGCUCUGGUUUUGGAUGCACAAGAUGCUAUCCAUCAGCUUCGAAGCCUACAGGCCAGCACAAAUGAUAACCUUGAUGACGAUGACACCAUUAGUCGUAGCAACGAGGAUGAAGAUGAAGAUGAACUCUGCUAAAUCUCUCCUUUUGGUUUUAUUAGUAUUACAUUCGUAAAAUCUAUAACUGGAAUUCUCCCAUUUGAAGCAAUCAAUCUUCAGGUAGGGAAAUAAAGGCAUUUGUUUUUGGUUUGUUUUCAAAACCUCAAAAGCUGAAUUGCUGACCAGCGCUUUACUCCUUCCCAACUGAAGGGAGACUGGUACGACAGUUGAACCCUGUGAUUCAUCGGGCAAAUAAUCCCAUGUAAUAUCCCAUGUGUGUUGGAUAUAACAUUUACCAACAUAUUUAGAAUUGAACAAAAAGAACAGAAAUUAUCGACACGUAUGG